CGUACACCGACGCCGCCUAUUACCUCUUUUUUACAUAUCACUUUUCAUUAUAUAGGAGAAGAAAGAGCCAGAGAGGCUUGGUGUAACCUGGAGGACUAGAAUUCCCUCAUCUCUUAUUACCUAGACCUAGACUCUCUCACAUUUAAUUAGACCUGAUGUAUCAAGCAACUUAAUUCCUCCUGCUUCUUGCUUCUUGCUUCUUGCUCCUUGCCCCUCGCCCCGAAGUCCCUAAUCUUCGUGAUUUGAUUUCGAGUUGCGAGGGAGUACCUACGCAAGUACGUGUAUCCAGCCGUCUAGUAUAUAAAGUAAAAGUAAACGCCCAAACCCACGAUGAAAAACGACGUCGGCGCGGAAAAGCCGCUGGUCAAUUCGGCAUCGCCAAUCCCGCUCCCGCGCAAGGACACGCCGUCGUCUGGGCUACAGCAACGAUGGAACACGAAGAACAUAGGCUUAAGACUAGGCGCCGACCUGACGAGCGCCGCCUGUGCUGCAUCCAUAAUGGAAAACGCAUCGGGGCGGAACACCCUCGCCAACAGCCUGCGGGCCUCUUUCCGGACGCUUCUUGUCCGCCCGCACGCCGUGCUUUUCUCGAAGCCCGUCGCUUUGAUAUUCAUGCUGUACGGCGGCACAUACUGGACUGCGAACACGCUCGACACCGUGACCUCGACGGCGCUGGAUAAGCCCGCUAUGCACGUCACGACCGGGACGGCCAAGUUCGCCGCGUCGAGCGCCGCCAACGUCGGGCUCUGCGUUUACAAGGACCAGGUGUUCGUCAAGAUGUUCGGGCCCGGUGGACCGCCGCGCCCCGUGCCGGUGCCGAGCUACGUGCUAUUCACGCUGCGCGACUGCCUUACAAUCUUCGCUUCUUUUAACGUGCCGCCGCUUCUCGGGCCCGUACUAAACGAGCGCAUGGGCACCAAAUUGCAGAAGAAAGUCAGCGGAACCACCAUCGCCCAAUUCGCCGCCCCCGCCGCUGUCCAGCUAUUCUCGACGCCCGUGCAUCUGCUCGGCCUCGACAUGUACAACCGGCCGGGGACGGGGGGCCUCGUGUCCUGGCGCGACCGAUGGAUGCAGGUUCGGAAGAACUGGGCGAUAAGUGCUGUGGCGAGGAUAUGCAGGAUUGUCCCUGCGUUUGGGCUAGGAGGGACGGUGAACACAAAGGUACGAAGAAAUCUUAUGGAGAGGCUUGCUUGA